AUGGUGCUGAACAUUUAUUUUUGUCUUUGCUUAUUCUGUAGGUUACAUAUGGCUGAGGUACCGCUAAAAGAAAGAAUAUUUUAUAGCCGUACUAAGAAAGCUGUGACUGUAUGUGAAGUUAACUCAAAAAAUCGCCCACCCUCAUACAAGCAUUGGGAUUUGAAAACCGUAAGCACUGCUUGUUCAGCUAUUAGAAAUGGUACGUUGAGUCAACGACGUGCUGCUGAAGAAUAUGGUAUUCCUAGGUCCACACUGGGCGAUUACUAUCGAGGAAGCACUCUUCCUGGUGCCAAAAGUGGCCCAAACAAGUAUCUCUCUGAUACAGAAGAAGCAGAACUGACCAGGUUCUUGAUUAGAUGUGCCUCUGUUGGCUUUCCUAAAACCAGAAGUAAUGUAAUUGCAAUUGUGCAAAGAGUGUGCGACCGUAAAGGAGUCAAGGUCACAGUCACUCAUGGUUGGUAUGAAAGCUUCACAAAGCGACACUCGGAACUAGUUUUGCGAAUUCCUGCUAAAUUGUCUGUAGCAAGAGCAAAAGCCACAGAUCCAGAAGUUAUUUCGAGUUACUUUGACAUGUUGGAGAAGGUUCUAGUAGAGUAUGACCUUCUAGACACACCAGCACAUAUUUUUAAUAUUGACGAGACAGGCAUGCCUCUGGACCACCAUCCUCCAAAAGUUGUUUGCAAAAAAGGAAUGAAAAAUCCUUCAUGUAUCACGAGUGGAAAAAAGACCCAAAUAACUGUAGUUGCAUGUGUCAGUGCUGCUGGUUACUGUAUUCCCCCGAUGGUUAUCUGGAAUGGGAAGUCCAUGCACCCUGACAUGGCAGCUGGUGAAGUCAUGGGACGUUGCAUGCUUUCUCUGAUAAUGGGUGGAUUGACACUGAGCUUUUCGACAUCUGGUUUAAUAACUUAUUUCUACGUUAUGCCCCUGCUGUUCGCCCAUUAUUGCUAUUGA